AUGAAGUCCUGGAGCCUUUUGCCAGUUGCCCUGGUGCUGCUCUGCUCCAGCACCCUCUGCUCCCUGGCCUGUGACCUGACUCAGGGCAUGCGGGAAGACUUCUCACUUCUGAACCAAAUGAGCACAUUUUCCCUAGUGCCAUGUCUGAAGGACAGGACCAACUUCAGCUUCCCAAAGGAAGCCAUGCAGGGCACCCAGCUCCAGAGGGAAAAUACCACAGUUAUGGUUCAUGAGAUGCUCCAGCAGAUCUUUACCCUCUUCAGCCUGAAUGCCACUCCUGCUGCUUGGAAUCAGACCCACCUCACACAACUGCUCAGUGGACUGGAUCAGCAGAUGGGACAACUGGAGAGGUGUCUUAGACAGGAUGUAGAGUGGGAAGAGGCUUCCUUGGGAAGGGAGAACCCCAGCCUGGCCCUGAAGAGCUACUUCCAAGGAAUAAGCCAGUACCUGAAGGGCAAAGAAUACAGCCGCUGUGCCUGGGAGAUUGUGCGGGUAGAGAUCAGAAGGGUCUUUCUCUUCAUGAACAAACUCACAGGGAAACUCAGGGAUUGA